UCCAUUGUAUUUUAAUUCACACUUAUAAACACAAAAUGUUUUGCCGCCAGCCCGGGGCUCGGGGCGCAUGCGCCAUUUCAAAACGACCCGCAGUAAAACGACGGGUCACGUGACUUGACGCGGCAUUCGCUCGUCGCUCUUCGGCAGUUGUCGGCGAAUCAGCCCGUUGAGCGGGCGUGUCCACGCGCGUCGGAACGAAACUAUCACAUAAAUGUCAAAUGAAAUUAUUUCGAAAAAACACAGUGACAUGUGCUUCGUAAUAACCUUAACAUUAAAAGUUAUAUUCCGUUUUUAGUGUUCGGUAGUGUAUAUCUGCGUAUUUGUCGGUUUUAAUCUCUGAUUUGGUGUAGCAAAAUUUAUUACCCCGGCUCUAUUCGUGAUUGUGUUUUCGCUAGCUACUAAACAUUUCUGGCGGCUCGGUUUUGCUUUUUUGUAAAUGACUGUACUUAUUAAGAACUAUCCAAGUGUUUCGUGUUGAAGUAAAUAAUAAUUGUUUGCCGAUGUGAUACAUGAUGGACCGCGUGAGUGGCGUGUGUAGGUUCGGAGGAGUGAUGUCGGCAGUAAGAACCAGAACUGGUCGCAGCAAGCGGCGCCUGACGGGUCAGAAUCAGCCUGAGGAUCUGCCGGAGCCUCCGCGCCGUGGCCUGGGUGCCAUUCUGGUUCUCGCCUGCAUUCUCGUCUACCACAACUGUUUGUACUGCGGUUUCGUCUUCGAUGACAUAAGUGCCAUAAAAGAGAACAGAGACUUGAGACCACAGACUCCAAUAUCAAACAUUUUCCUCAACGAUUUUUGGGGAACUCCUAUACAUAAGGAACAGUCUCACAAAUCGUACCGUCCACUGACGGUGCUGACCUUCCGAUGGAACUACGCCAUCCACGGCCUGCAGCCGGCAGGCUACCACCUCGUCAACCUGCUGCUACAUGCCCUCGUCUCACUACUAUAUUACAGGGUGUGUGCAAUGUUCCUGCCGGAGUUCGCGAGUUUCGUCGCCGCCAUCUUGUUUGCUGUUCAUCCUAUUCAUACUGAGGCGGUGACAGGCGUGGUGGGCCGCGCAGAGAUGUUAUCGUCACUAUUCUUCCUCGGCGCGCUACUGUGCUACGCGCGCGCCUCGCAACGGAGAAGAUACACAGACUGGCGCUACGUGGUGGCGUGCACAGCAUGCGUGGGAGUGGCCAUGCUGUGCAAAGAGCAAGGCAUCACGGUGACCGGCGUGUGCGUCGUCUACGAACUCUUUGUGGCACAGAAACGUCGAAGUUCAGGGGGGAUCAGCCGCUGGUCGUGGGUUGACGCGUGGGGCAAAGGCUCUGGCUGGGGAUGCGCGUGCGGCGAGGCAGCCCGUAGGGUUGCCACCGUGUGCUGCGCCACGCUUGCACUGCUCGCUGCCAGGCUGCACGUCAUGGGCGCGCAGUUGCCAGUCUUCACGAGAUUCGACAACCCUGCUGGAGCUGCACCCCCGCCUGCAAGACAUCUAACCUUCGCCUACCUACCAGCCCUGAACGCCUGGUUACUGACCCUACCUGAAGCGUUGUGCUGCGACUGGACGAUGGGCACGGUGGCACUACUCAAGUGCUGGCGUGACCCUCGCAACAUUGCCACUUUGACGCUCUUCAUCAUCAUCGUGGCAGCCACUAUACAUGCUUUGAGGACUAGGUCUUCUGCUCUGUCUAUGGGUCUAGCGCUACUCGUCCUACCUUUUCUACCAGCAUCCAACUUAUUCUUCCCCGUGGGCUUCGUGGUUGCCGAGCGGGUUCUGUACAUGCCUUCCAUGGGCUGGUGCCUCCUCGUGGCCCACGGCUGGCGACUCCUGGCCAAGAGGCGAGCCAAACUCGCCGCCAGCGCCCUCAUAUUUCUCCUCCUCGCAUUCAGCGCUAAAACUUACAUGAGGAAUUGGGAUUGGAAGACUGAAUAUUCAAUAUUUGCUUCGGGACUGAAGGUAAACCGCAACAACGCCAAAUUGUAUAAUAACGUAGGACAUGCCUUAGAAGCAGAAGGAAAGUACGCAGAAGCACUAGAGUUCUUCAACACAGCAGUUAGUGUACAACCAGACGAUGUUGGAGCACACAUCAACGUAGGCAGGACAUACAACCAUCUCGGAAGAUACCAGGAAGCAGAAGACGCUUAUGUUAAAGCCAAAUCUCUUCUUCCAAAAGCCAAGCCUGGUGAAUCAUACCAAGCAAGAAUAGCUCCUAACCACUUAAAUGUGUUCCUGAAUCUUGCAAACUUAAUUUCAAAGAACGCAACAAGAUUAGAAGAAGCAGACAUGCUGUAUAGACAAGCUAUAAGCAUGCGAGCGGAUUACACUCAGGCCUACAUAAAUAGAGGAGAUAUUUUAAUCAAAUUAAAUAGGACGAAGGAGGCACAGGAGGUCUAUGAAAGGGCGUUGCUGUAUGACAGUGGGAACCCUGACAUUUACUAUAACUUGGGAGUAGUCCUCCUAGAACAAGGCAAGCCUUCCCAGGCGCUUGCCUACCUAGACAAAGCGUUGGAGUUGGAACCCGAACAUGAACAAGCUCUCCUCAACUCCGCGAUACUGUUACAAGAACUAGGCGCCGCUGACCUGAGACAUCUGGCCAGGCAGCGUCUACUCAAACUACUUGAUAAAGAUGCCACAAACGAGCGAGUACACUUCAACCUCGGCAUGGUGUGUAUGGACGAGGGCGACGCGGAAUGUGCAGAGCGAUGGUUCAGGGCAGCUGUUCAUCUGAAGCCAGACUUCAGAUCUGCACUCUUCAACCUCGCCCUACUUCUAGCUGACAGGCGGAGGCCAUUGGAAGCUGCGCCCUUCCUAAAGCAGCUAGUCAGGCAUCACCCCGACCAUGUGAAGGCGUUGGUGCUGCUCGGAGACAUCUACAUCAAUUCUGUUAAAGACUUAGAUGCAGCUGAGAGUUGUUACCGGCGCAUCCUGGAGCUGGAGGCGGACAACGUGCAGGCGCUGCACAACCUGUGCGUGGUGGCCGUGGAGCGCGGCCGCCUCGCCGCCGCCGAGACCUGCCUGGCGCGCGCCGCGCAGCUCGCGCCGCACGAGCACUACAUCCAGCGCCAUCUAGCGGUAGUACGCGCGCGCCGCGCCGCCGCCGCCGCCUCGCCGCCCAGCGCGCCGCACCCCGCCGACACGGCGACGCCGCCGACUCCGGCGACACUAGCGCCGCCAGAGGUGCGCGCGCGCUGGAACUACAUCCCGCAGCAGCCCCCCGACCCGCACGAGGCCGACGACUCAUAGCCGACCGCGCUGUACUAGACUCCGACCCCGACCCGACGUGUAAAUAACAUUUCGCUUAGGAAUAUCUUCUUUGAACACCAAACUGAACGAACGGCCAGUCGCGGUUUAUCUGCCUAUCGAUUAUUUUUAUAAUUUCUUCGAACAAUCAGGGUAUUACCUUCUAUCUGACACGGACAUAAUGUAUUGUAUUUCACCUUACUGUCGCUUUGUUUCGAUUGUUUCCCUCUCGUCUUAUGGAACUACCCAUUUUGUAACGGUACUGAACGAAGUGUUUACGCCAAACGAUGUAAUAAAAUUAUUGAUCUCGUAGGUAAAAAACUUGAUUUGCAUAACGGCGUUUCGUGAUAUUAGUUAAAGACAUCAUUAAUUAUAAUUGUGUAUGCCAUAUAUGAAUAGGUAUUAUGUAGACUAUGUUUCAACGAGCUUUUGUCAUUAGCCCGGUAUACGGAAUGUACGGACAAUUACAAUAUUAUGUGUGUAUUUAAAAAAAUAAUUGGAAAUAGCAUAAUAGACGUGUAUAAACUGUUUCCAGUAAAUUAAUUAUCUAAGUUUCUCUAGUCACAAUGCUCGUUUCGAUAAAAUGUUCGGUUAUUUACUAUAGUUAGAGUAUGAAAUACAUUGCAUUGUACAUGAAAUUAAACUUGAACGACCCCGUGCUUCGAUUAGGCGUGGGUGGCACUAGUGGCGCCCCGCAUCGCUGCGAAUCCAUCUGUAAUCAACCAUCGUGUUUCCUAGAUAAACAACCAUUUGUAUAAAGGAUCAGUCAUUGCCUGUUGAGAUAACACAUUCACAUGCUCACCGUCCAACAAAGUCUUUGGAGAGUAACCAGUGAACACAGUGAGGAAUCAGGAGGCCAUCAACCACCUUUGUGAAAGAAAUCGAAAUUAAUUAAGUUUGUUUGUAACUACUCGGAAUCUUAGCAAUCUGUGUUAAUCUACUAUUUCACUCUGAGUUCGUACUCAUCUGCGGUGCACACUGCUGUUAUGUUGUAUAAACUUUUUUAUAGAGAUUUGGUACUUGAUUUUUGUACUGCAUGUAGGAGAUGACAAUAUAACACGUCCCAAAUGAUAUUCAAUCUAUAUUCAUAUUCAUGGACGCCGCUGCCGGCAGGAUUACACAAAUAUUUAGAAAAUAAUAUUUUUUAAUAGGGAUGUCAGUCAAGGAGCAUGGAAAAAUUGGGUUAAUUUUAGCUAGUACCCCUAGAUAUGUUUGAGGUCAAAGUCAUUCCCAGCCUGUCCCUUAAUUACAAAUUACUAAAAAAAUAUCGAAUCUUUGAUUAAGACCUCAAAAUUUUGAGAUAUUGCAAGAUUUUUCUGCCGGCGCGACGCCUAUGUUUCUCAACAUUGAUUGGCUAUUUGACAACCAAUUUAUUGACUGAAUCAGUAGAUUGGUUGUUACCUCCGGGCACAUUAACCACUCCAAAUAAUGAGAUAUAAUUAAAUUAACUCUUUUCCCUCUCCCAAUCAUGUACACUGAGUGCCUAAUUAAAUAUAAUUUUCGUAGAGAAUAAUUGUAAGAUAUUGUAAUCGUAAUUCUUUGAGGAUUGUUUUCUUUUACAAAUAUUACAGCAGUGUGUGAGACCAGUUGCUGUUUGUAUGUAUUAAUCAAAAUUGGUAGCUGAAUGUACCUACAUUUUCAAAAUAAUAUUUAUUUUCUUAACCAUUAAUGGUAUUACGUAAAAAAAGAAAAGUGAUCGACCGUUAUUAGAAUUAGAUGUGAAAAAUGUAAUGUUGUUAAUGUUUUAAGAUAAAAAGUAACUUUUGUAAAAACUGAAUUUUUUACAAUGUCUUGAAACAUUUCUUGUGGGAACUCUGUUAUGAGUUGAAUUCGUAAGGACCCCGAAUAUUGUAACUAUUUGUCGUCAAAACGUUUAUUUUUAUAAAAUAAAAUGUUUCAAAUGA